GCCUUCAAAGGUGCGAUCUGCUACGUUUUGUAAGAAGAUGAAGCACAGAAAGCAAUGUAUUCAAGAUACUGAGGGUCAGAAGCAUGAAGGCAUGGAAGGUGAAGAAAAUGAAGAAAACUGUUCCUGUUCUACUUUAUUGUAUGACGGUGACACAUGCCCCAUCUGUCUGAACUGCCUUCUAGAACAAGAGAUUGGUUUUCCUGAGAACUGCAGUCAUACCUUCUGCAUGACUUGUAUUCUUAAAUGGGCUGAGACACAGGCUUCAUGUCCUAUUGAUCGGAGACCCUUUCGAGCAGUAUGCAGGCUUGAUGCAUUAGAAAAUCAGAUAAAGGUUCAGGUUAAAAAACAGCUAAGACAGAAGGAAGAAGAGGAAAACUGUGCCUGCAAUAAGGGAAAAUACAGCCAUGCAAAGAUGAGAAGUUUUAUGAGAAGAGCUCUAUGUCCAGACAGAGGGCCAUUAGCAGCAAAAUUAAGCAAAGUUGUGAAGAAAAAAUACAGUAAUAUAUUGUUUGACAAACGAAACAAGAAAGCUUUGUCUGUGAAGAUAAACAAGCCCAGAAGACAGACCUGCUGGAAUGAGUGCUUCAGAACCAAUUUCUUCUCCACACUUCCAGCUGGUGGUAGCAAUGAAGAAUCCUUUUUUAGCUGUAGAAAUGACUGUACAGAAUUCACGGAAGUUGAUGCAGCGAUCGGACAGAAGAGGCAAGAACUGGAAUUGUCCUGUUCAUCUGUGCUUGCUAGAGUUGAAAGAAUUCCCUUAAUGUCUUAUGGAGCUGAAGCCGAGACUUUUCUUCUCACUUCUACUACAGUGGCAGGAACAAUUCUUCCAAGAAAUAUCAGGCCUUUGGAAAACUUUGAAUCUUUAGGCAAAGGAUAUGCUGUUGCAUGUACCCAAGAAGGAGAAGAGAAAAAGCAAGCUUCUGGUUCAUCUGGGACUAGAGGAACUAGAAGGAAAUUGAUGAACACUACUCCUAGAAGAAGAUCUGCACGAAACAGCAAAAACGAGACUCUGAGUCAGUCUCGGAGCUCACCUCGGUCAGGCAGUUCUGCGUGCGGUGCCUCUGAUGGCAAUAACCCAUCUCUGAAUAAAUCUCCUUCAGAAUCAGAGAAGGCUCCUCCAAAACGAAAGUCUAAAAGAACAGUUAAACAACAAACACCUGUGGUUAAAAAGAAACUGAGAAGUGCUGCACGUUCCGAAAAAUCGUCCAGUGAUUCAGUGGAAGAUGAUGAUGUUGCUGAAUCUGAAGCAGUUCUAACAUUGGAUAAAGACCAGCAGUCAGAUGAUGAGAGCAAUAACACAAACCUUUUGCAGAACAAUAACAUGGAAACAGAAUCUGCUAACGGAUUGGAAAGCUGUAGUGAACAUGCAGAAAUUGAGGAAACUACAGGAGAAUGUGACAAAGGUGAAGAUACUUCAGAUAACGUGGAUGUAAGUGUUUCUGCCCAAGAACCUCCAGUACUGACUUCAGGGGAUGAAAGCCAGGAAUUUGAAGUAAAAGAUGUUACUGAAAAAGAUGUAGAUGAUAAGAAUCAGGAUAUCAGUGAAAAUACUCUUGAACAAACAGAAACAGUAGCUAGUCCCAGAGGUGAAGCAUGUGACCAUGCAACUUCUGAAAAAGUAGAUCAGACAUCGUGUAGUCCUCAAAGUGAAUCAAUGGAGAAUGUAGAAACUCUGACAAAAAUAGAUGAACCUGUAGCUAGCCCAGCAAAUGAAUUGUUGGAAUAUCCGGAACCUUUGGAAAAAGAUCAGCCAUUAGAGAGCCCCAGAAGUGAAUUGCCUGAGCAUCCAGAAGCCAUAGAAAUAGAUUAUUCUGAGGCUGAAGAAAAAACAGUAGUAGACUGUGCAAGUACAGAUAUUCAAAACUUAAAAGCUGUUCAAGAUGAAGAACCAGACACAUUAGGAGACAAUAUUUCUGUAGACAGUACAUCAGAACAAUCCUUAAAAGAGAAGACCAUGCCAGAAAGUGAAGAGGGUAGAACUUCAGAGUCACCCCAGGUAAAUGCUGAACAUAAGCAUUUUGGUGAAGAUAACAAUGAAAUGAUACCGAUGGAUUGUGACUCAUUUUGUAGUGACCAGAACGAACCUCAGGUUGAGCCAUUACCACCAGCUGAAAGUACAGAGCAAGAAGUGAACUCCUCACAAUUACCACCAGCUCAAAGUACAGAGCAAGGAGAAGUGAACUCCUCACAGUUACCACCAGCUCAAAGUACAGGGCAAGGAGAAGUGAACUCCUCACAGGGUGAUGCAGGAAACUACACAUCAGUUUCAGGACUUUCUGAUGAAAAAGAUGAAAGUAUUCCUCAAGAAGGAGAGUGCCAGUCAGAACCCCAAAAAGAGAAAAAGACUCGAACUAGGAGGUCUAGGUUUCACUCUCCAUCAACAACUUGGUCUCCUUCUAGGAGAGAGGGCAGGAAAUCUCAAUCACCAUCCCCUAAAAGGGAGAUGACCAGAGACAGGAGCUCACGAUCUCCCAGGAAGGAAACUGUGAGGGAGGGAAGGAGAUCCUCAUCUCGUUCUCCAAAGAGGGAGGCACUCAAAGAUGAGAAAAAAGCGCCAUCUAGAUCUCCCAAAAGGGAAACUGCCAGGGAAGGCAGGAGAUCAUCUUCUCAGUCAAGAACUAAGGAUUCGUCUCCGAGGCAAAAAUCUAGAUCUCGAAGCAGUGAUAGAGACAGUCAAAGAAGAGAUCGUGACAGAGACAGAAGAAAUAGGAGGUGGUCUAGGUCACGGUCACGAUCUAGGUCAAGAUCACGAUCUAGGACAAGAAAUAAAGGUUCUUCCUUCUCUAGAAAUGAGAGGGACAGUCAUUCACCUCGAUGGAAAGAGAGAUGGGCAAACGACAGCUGGAGGAGUCCAAGAGGAAAUGACCGAUACAGAAGAGGUGAUCAAGAGAAACAGAAUGAAAGUCUUAAAAAAGAGAAAGACAAUGCAGAAAAAAACAAUGAGGAUCAGUGCUCUUCCGACAAGCGGAGGAAUGACUGUCCAGACUGGGUAAUGGAAAGAAUAAACUCCGUUCCUGAAGUCAGGAACAGAGAGAGAGAGAAGCCACAUUGGGAAGACGGCAGGCAUGAUAAUUCAGGGCACUCUUGGAAUAAAAACUUUGGUUCGGGUUGGAUCCCGAAUCGAGGGAGAGGUCAGCGUGGCCGAGGGGGGCGUGGAAGAGGUGGUUUCAUGUAUGGAGACCAGAGUGAAAAUCACUGGCAAAAUAGAAAACCUCUCUCAGGGAACUCAAAUGGUUCUGGGAAUGAAACUUCAAGGUUCCCAGAGCAUCAGCCAUACAAGCGUAAGAAUGAACAAGAUUACUCUUUUGAUACACCUGCUGACAGAUCUGGGUGGACAUCUGCAUCGAGCUGGGCUGUAAGAAAGACUUUACCUGCUGAUGUGCAGAAUUAUUAUUCAAGAAGAGGACGCAGUUCAUCAAGCCCACAGUCUGGAUGGGGAAUGAGACAAGAAGAGGAGACACCUGAACAAGAUCCAAACCUCAAAGAGCAAGGCAGCCAGCAAAGCGAGGGCUCUCAGUUACCCAUCAAUAUGAUGCAGCAGCAGAUGAAUGUGAUGCCCCAAGUGAACGCGCAGCACCAACCCAUGAAUAUCUUCCCCUACCCAGUGGGUGUCCCUCCUCCCAUGAUGAACAUGCCACGGAAUCCUUUCAACAUGCCCCCUCCGAUGCCCGUGCACCUCCCCGCCGGCGUGCCUCUCAUACAGGUAGCUGCUCCCGCUAAUUUGUCUCAGGGAUUACCUCCGCCUCCACCUCCACCCCCACCAUCUCAACAACUCAGCUACGUCGCUUCCCAGCAGGACGGAAAGCAGCUGCAGGGUGUUCCAAAUGCUGCUCACGUGAGUAAUAACACGAGUGCUCCAGCCUUGCCUGCUCCAGCAGCAGCCCUGGGAAGCGUGGGGACAGUUCAGGGACCAAGCUCGGGGAACGCCACGUCGUCAACUCACGUCAAAAGCUCUAAUGCAGCCGUGAAAGUGGGAGAAAACAAAGCCAGUGUCACGGUGGAAGCCAGCGCAGACAGCUCCAAGAAGGACCAGAAAUUGUUAAUUCAAGAAAAAGCGGCACAAGAGGUCAAACUAGCUAUUAAGCCUUUCUACCAAAAUAAAGACAUCACGAAGGAAGAAUACAAAGAAAUCGUGCGCAAAGCUGUAGAUAAAGUUUGUCAUAGCAAGAGCGGAGAAGUUAAUUCUGCAAAAGUGGCAAAUCUAGUGAAAGCGUAUGUAGACAAAUAUAAACACUCACGGAAGAAAAAUCCCGAAGAGGCAGUCUCCUCUGAAAGGAAAUGAAAUAGAACGUGGUUUCAGUUUUUAAUUUUAUUCUAUCUGCAAAGUGCAAUUUCAACAUGAACCAUUAACUGAAAAAUUGUACAUGACAGUGAUUUGAAUCUGGUUUUGAUAAAAUUAUUUUUCAAUGUAGUAUAUAAUGUUUUGUUCUAAAGAAAUAUAGAUCUACAGGGCAACUUCUUUAUUCCUUUUUAAAAACAGAUGUCUAAAAAAAAUUAAAGGUGUAAAGAAGAAUCAUUAGGAAUGUACGAUUGUGUGGAUACUUAGAUGUACAGCGUUUUGACUUGAAUAACAGAGUGCAUUAAAUUAGAAACUUCUGUGGGAGUACCUUGGGUUUGGAACAGGUAUGUACAGUACAUGUAAUCGGUCAGAUUAAAGGAAAAUUUUUUUCUUUUGAUUUCUCCUUAAUUAUAGCAAAGAUAAAAUAAUGUAUUGCCUUGACAAAUAUUUCUAGCGUUAACUGGACAGGCUGAAUGCAGGGGUCACAAUGUGUAUAUAAAAAAAAAAGAAAAAAGCACAUGGAGUUGCCUGAACAGGAGAACUGUUUGGAUUUUAAAAAGAAAAAUCAUAAACAGUAAAAUGUGGUGCCCAAAGCCCCGGGCACUGCACCUCUGUUGUAACACCAAAUAAAAAUUAUGCUGCUUGGUUUCGUUUGUGACGUUUUUCAAUUUGUUUUAAGACAGUGGGAUGACCUUGAAUAAUUGUGAUGUGCUUGAGAGCCCUCCGUCCCCGCCCACGGACAACCUCAGCUGGGGUCUCACCCUGCCCUGGGCCAGGAGGGGUUUGGAAGUGAGAGCUGGAUGGUCAGAAAAGCAAAUCGGUUUCUUCUUCAAGUAAAAUGAAGAACAGCUGGAAUGUAGUCCUAGGCUUCAUCAGUUGUGCCAGUCUUAGCUGCGUGAUGCUUUCCUUUGUUAACCAGGCCUGGUAGGGUGGAUCAGCAGCCCCGUGUGGUGGAGUUGGUGCCAUCUGAGGUGAGGUGCAGCAGCUUUUCUCCUGGUGCUGUGAGGCAGGGAGGGGAGCAGAGGUGCCACACGCAGGUGUGGGGACACCCAGGGAGGUACAACUGGUUUCACUGAGGUGGCAGUAGGGAGAGGUGCUGAACCACCCUCUAAGGUAGGCAUUCCUUAUGGAAAGAGCAGCUUGGGAUCCUUCUGGAGUUGGGUGGAGAAGGAGCCGUGCUCUGAGAUAGAAGCAGUUGUUGAUGGAUAGAAUUCCAGUGCUCUCCUCCAGCCCCUCCGGCUUCUGCUCCAGCCCAGGGCUCCUGGCCCAACAGCAGGAAUAAACUAUUUUUGUCAAAAAGCAUCAAGCUGUUUUUCAGAGAAAUUACCUCCUGGUACCCAAAUUAACUGUUGGUGGCAGAAAACUUACAGUCUUACCGUGUAAGUAACUUUUACAGAAGCCUGAGGAUGAAAUGAGGGAUACACACACAAGUAUAUAGAGAGAUUUAUGUGUAAAAAAUGUGCUGUUUAUCACAAUUGCUCACUGGGAUUUAACUAUAGCUUUCUACAGACUUAAUGAAGCAUUUGACUGUCUAUAUUUAUUUUUGUGUGCCUAAAGACAAAUACUAUGUAAAUUAGAAACAGAUAUAAUACAUUUUCUACAGUCAAGCCAGGUUUUAGAUUUUUUCAAAAUACUCGCUUUUACAGUGUGGUAGCAAUUUGUAUGAUCUCUUGAACUAUUUUAAGCUAAAAUGGGUUAGCACUUUUUGAAAAAAAAAUACUGUUGUAGCAAAUUGCUAUGUCUCUCCUGGUUUCUCACGCCGUGCGUAACUAUUUUUAUUACAUUUUCCUUCUCUGACUCUUUGGAUUUGAAUGACUUUUUAUAUAUUUUUACUCUAUACAGUUGAGCCUUACUAUAAAGUUCCUUUCAGGAGACAGAUAAAUGUUUUAUGGGGUUUGGUUGGUUUGUUUUUUUUUCCUUUUAGAGGAGAGGUGGAAAUUGGGUGGGAAGGACCAAUGGAGGGUUUAAACUGGGAAGAGGGGGGGUCAUGAAUUUCUUGUUUUGCAGCUCCUGGCUGGAAGAUCAGCUGUCACCUGCUGCCAUGUUGGUGGGGCAGUGACUAUAGUGAUGCUCCACUGUAUUUAAAAUGAAGAAUAUCGGGUAGAGUAGCAUGUGAGCCGUAACUCUAUUUUUUACGAUGGAAUACUCAGAAAAUAUGCAGUUCGUUACAAUAUCUAUGUCAAAUUAAAAAAAAAAAAAAAGCAUUGCCUUAAUACAUAGACUCACCUCCUAUUUUUCCUGAAAAGCAGUAAGGGCUCUGUUGGUGUGGCUGCCCGAGAAGGCACGGGGUCAUGGUUUUUGUUUAAAAAGUGUGAAAGCUGUAUUUCUAUUUAUUGCACCUCUGAAGGUCCCGCCCUGCAGGAGCACUGACGGCGAAGCGCUGGGGACGCAGAGCCCCUCCUUGAUGCCUCUCGGGCUCAGGAAUUCCUUCCAUCCUCAUUGCCUUGAGGAAGACAAGUACAACCCGUGUCACCUUCUGUCACUUUCUGUCACCUCGCUGCACGGAGGGGUUUCCCUUGCGCUGUGCCUGCUGCUGCCCUGGCUCAGCCUGGGGAGGGCUGUGGGGAGCGCAGCGGCUGCUCACCACCGCCACGGUUCAGUGUGUGUAGCCAACAGCUGGAGUGCUGUCUACUGAAAAAAAAUAAUACUCUAAAAAUUAGUUUUGUGUAGUGCUUAACAGUUUCUAAUAAAUUCUUUUCAUGAAGCCA